AUGGCGGCUUUAAACGGAACGUGGAAACUUCUUAGCGUGGAGAAUUUCGAGGAAUAUUUAGGGGCGAUAAAUGUUUCGUCUCAAGAUAUACCAAGAGCUUUAAAACUCCUCACACCAGAAAAUAACAUUACUCAGGAAAUAGAGAUCAACGGCGAGAAUAUUCGGAUUAAAACUAACACGCCUGUAGCUUCCAGUGAAGUCAAGGCAGUGUGUAAUAACGAAAUUGACGUUCGAGCCUUAGAUGGUAGAGAGACCAAGGCAGUUUAUUCUGUAGAAGAUAACCAGAUUAUAGAAAAUGUUAGUGGACCAUAUACAGCUAAGAUUAUUCGAUGUUUAGACGGUGAUAAUAUGAAAAUGAACAAAACGUAUGCAGCCUUAACAUUUUACUUCACCACCUGGAAAAAACCGCAAGAUUGUACUACAGAUUAUGAUUUGGUGCAGGUUAUGAGUUGUGGAGAUGUGACAUCAACAAGAACGUAUGAAAAAGUAUAA